UCAGGGAGGAGGGCGGGAAUACGUAGCGUGUGUGUGUGUGUGUUGGGAAUUUGGGAGACAGUCGGACAGUAAACGCAGCACGCACGGGAAGUUGUCCUUGAGGAAUUUCAUACAGUAAUGGAAAAUACUGCGGGUCAGCACCGCUUAAAACUCAACUAAGUGGACUUAAAGUUAACGUUUUUCGUUAAGUUUUAAGUCAGAUACGAACUUUACCGGCAAAUCAAUGAGUUCUGCGGUCAACCGACGUAACGGUGGAGCAGGGUACAGACAUGGGGCGACGAAAGUCCAUCGUCCUCCCCCGACCUUAAACGAUUCACUGGACGGAGAAGUUCGGGCCUUCCUCACCGAUGAAGACCAACUCCACACUUAUGAUGACCUCACCAAAGUCAACCCGGUGACCCCGACAACAGUGCUGAAAUGUCUGCAGGCCAGGUACAGCGUCAAGGUGUUUUACACCCAUGCUGGCUGCACCUUGGUGGCUCUUAACCCCUUCCAGCCGAUCCCACACCUCUACUCUCUGGAAGUGAUGAAGGAGUAUCACUGCGCUACUCAGCCUCAGGAGUUCAAACCACAUAUCUAUAUUGUGGCAGAAGAAGCCUACAGGAAUGUCAAAGGACAGGUGGAGCCGGUGAACCAAUCCUUGGUGGUCAGCGGUGAGAGCGGUGCAGGAAAGACGUGGACGUCUCGUUGCUUGAUGAAAUACUACGCUACUGUGGCGGCCUCCUCCUCAGUGGUGAAGAGUCAGGACACAGUGGAGAGGAUAGAGAGGAGGGUGCUCGACUCCAACCCCAUCAUGGAAGCUUUCGGAAACGCCUGCACACUACGGAACAACAACAGCAGCCGCUUUGGAAAAUACAUCCAGCUUCAGCUCGACAGGUGUCAGCUGUUGGUCGGGGCCUCUGUGCAGACAUAUUUGCUAGAGAAGACCAGGGUGGCCUUCCAACCGGCUAAUGAGAGAAACUUCCACAUUUUUUACCAGAUGAUAAAAGGCGCCACAGAUGAGCAGAGAAAGGAGUGGAAGAUGCCUCAUGGAGAGAGUUUCGCCUGGCUACCAAAUUCUGAAAAAACACUUGAGGAGGAUUGUUUCCAUGAGACUGUCGAAGCAAUGGUUCAUCUGGGCAUUAAUGCAGAGAGACAGCGACUGAUAUUCAGGACAUUAGCAGGAAUUCUGCAGUUGGGGAAUGUGAAUUUCUCCUCUUCUUCCGAUGAAUCACAACCUUGUAACCUAGACGAACAGUCCAAAGACUUCUUGCAGCGGGCUGCAGAGCUGCUGUGCGUCCCUGCCGAGGAGCUUCAGACGUGUUUGAGAGUGAAGAUGUUGAAGGCGGGGAAGCAGAGCGUGCACAAGCCCUGUCCCCAGACAGAGUGCAGCAUGAGGAGAGACUGCCUGGCCAAGGUCAUCUACGCGGGAUUAUUUGAGUGGCUGGUCACGUUCAUCAACAACAGCAUCUGUGCAGACGAAUCCACAUGGUGCAACUUCAUAGGAGUUUUAGACGUGUACGGGUUCGAGUGUUUCAACUUGAAUAACCUGGAGCAGCUGUGCAUCAACUACGCCAACGAGAAACUGCAGCAGCACUUCGUGGCUCAUUAUCUCCAAGCUCAGCAGGAGGAAUAUGUAUCAGAGGGGUUGCAGUGGUCAUUUGUCAAAUACCAAAACAACCAGAGCUGUCUGGAUCUUAUAGAGGGAAGUCCUGUCAGCGUGUUUUCUCUUCUUAAUGAGGAGAGUCGUCUGAACAGAGCCUCUGACGCAAAGACAUUCAGGGUUCGUUUGGAGAAGGAGCUCUGUGAUAAUGCCAACAUCAGCUGGGACAAGUUCAGCAGGUUGCCGCACUUCACUGUGGCCCAUUACGCCGGCAAAGUCAACUACCAGAUACAGGGCAUGGUGGCGAAGAACAAGGACCCAGUACCACCAGAGCUCAUCAACCUGCUUCAGAAGUCUGACAACCUGCUGCUUCAUCAGAUCUUCACUAACAAGGAAGACGAGAACCUGACCACCAAGGGACUCAGUAAAGUCACCGUGGUCUCUAAGUUUAAGAACUCUCUGGAGAGCCUGAUGAAGAUCCUCCACAGCACGACGCCUCACUACACUCGCUGCAUCAAACCGAACCCGGAGUGCAAGCCACUGACCUUCAAAAAGGAGGAGGUUAUCGUGCAGUUGGAGGCCUGUGGGAUUGUGGAGACUAUUCACAUCAGUGCUGCCGGCUUUCCAAUAAGAAUUCCUUUCAAAGACUUCGUCCAACGUUAUGCACUGAUUACAAAGUAUUCAAAUGUCAAAUCAGGGAGUCAUCGCGUCGAUGUGAAGGCUGCCAGCAACAACGUUCUCCGGCAGGAGGUGGAGAAGCUCCUGCGUGUCACGUUACAGCGACCCAAGGCGUUUGACCUUUCACACAACCUUGGCAGUGAAAAACAAAAUUCAUGGGUGCACUGUGGAAAGACUAAAGUUUUUCUCACCCAGUUGAUGCUAGAUUUGCUGGAGGAUCAGAGGAAGAAAACGCUGACGCGGUGUGCCUUCACCAUUCAGUGCUGCUGGCUGCGGUACCAGCGCCGCAGACGCCACGCCCGCCAGCAGUCUGCUACUCUGAUCCAAGCAGCGGUGAGGUCCUGGCUGGUCAGGAGGAAGGUCCGGAGGUGGAACAGAGCAGCUGCUGUCAUCCAGAGCGCCUGGAGGAAGUGGAGGGCACUAUUAAAGUCCUUGGCCGAGGCAGAACUGGACGAUGCGAAGGAUCUCAUAAAGGAGAGCGUGCCAGAGUUGAACCCUGUUAUCAGGGAGCGAGGCUCAGUGCAGCUCUCCAGCAUCCCGGAGCCCGUCACAGUGCGAGGCUGGCCCAUGGGCCUGGCUCUGGCCACUGCCCCGUCCAUCACCCUCUCCAUGACGGCCACGGGCUUCCAGAAAAUGAUGUCUGUCAUGGCCUCACUCAACCUGCCCUCCAGGAGAGGGGGGUACAAGGUGGAGACCAACCAGUACACGCAGGAGCUCGCCUCCAUUCGGGCUCAACCACGGGGAUCGGUAAAGCUGCAUUGUCAGCGAUCUCCUCUUCUCUACGCAGACAGGAAACCAGUCAUGAAGAGCGACGUGAAGGGGUUCAACGAGAUCCUGCUAGAGAAAACUUUAUAACUUUAUUUGCAGAACACUAAAGGCUUUAAAGUGAUCAUUUACUGCUCUAAUGUUUUAAAGAAUGCCAAAGUUAUUCUCACUCUGUAUAUUACACAAGGGUGCAAAGAAUAUUUUAACCUCACAUGUCGUCAGGUAAGAUAAUGCAGACUGCUGUGAACCUGACGUUCUCAUGAGAAAACCUAAAUCUCAGUAGAAACAGUCGUGCUAUCUCGUCUUCGACAGUUUGUGGAAUAUUUUCCAUGUGCCCCACAUGUAUAAUGGUUAUGAUGGGGUGACUGCAGGACAAGACAAAUGUAAUCAUUUUUAUUUAAAUUAUUUUUUGUUGGGGUAAAAGUGCAUUCAGACAGGAUCAGAACGCAGAGUUUACCAUUCAUUUAAGUGGUGGGUAGUCAGCAGCAACCUACGGGGGAGAAGUUGUACCCAACGUCACACUGCGUCCUCAAAUCAGACGCUCGGACCAGUCAAACUUGUCUCUGAAACUGAGACAAUACAGGUGGAUUCAUGGACUGAACUCUGAUACUCUACCUGUUGUAUUCUGACUUUGUGUAUUUCAUCUUCCUAGAUUCUAGUGACACAAAGAAGUUUCCUUUGAUUUGUGUUAAAGCCAGUUAAUUAGCGAAAUAAAAGCGUAUUUCCCGAUUGUUUCGUAGCAGUUAUGGACAACCCUGCAGUGCCUGAUUCAGUCUGAAUGUGCCCUAACUGGAAUCACACAGCAUACUGUUAGCACCUUUUUAAAAAACAGAGCAGACUGCAGGUUUUUGUCUCAUCGUUGCCUCUUUGGAACGUCUGAUUGUCGAUCAAAGUGUUUGGCCUUCCACAGGUGCCUUUGUUGAAAUCUAGGGCUGUCGGUGUAUGUAUUUAUUUACGGGUGACUAUUUAUGUGAUUUGAUGAGAUUUAUGAAUAUAUUGGUGAUUCAGAUGCACAGGAUUUAUUCUGAGUGUGAUUUAUGCUGCAGAGAAAAGGUAAUUAAGCAAGUUUUGCACAUGUAAAGCAUAUAUUGCACAUUAAAACACAGCAACAGACUGACAGUCACAAAUAAGCGAACACGCCACUUGUACAGUAGAUGUAGUCAAACUGCUGCUCUUUGUUCGAGAAGGGGUCUUUAGAAUUAUGCACAUUUGCUAAAUCACUUUGUAUGAUUUUAAUCUGCUGCAGUCCAAAGCAUCAACGCAAGUAUUGUAUAACAUACCAAAGUCUUUGUACACUAGUGUUUUGUGUGGAAGAAUCAUGUUUUGUUAUAUUACGAGUUUUAAUAUUUCAAACAUCUUUUUGCUACAAAUGUUACAAAAUAUUAUUCAUGGUAACUUAACACUGAUGUUUAGCUGCCCAGCUUUACCCACAGACAGCAUGAAACGUCUUUCUUUGCUCACUAAACACUUUGUUUUCUAGUUAUGGAUUCACUGAUAGGUGUCUGAAUCAUGGCAGUUUGUUAUAAUGCAAUCUCUGUACUUGUUUUUGUCAGUGGUACCAAGGGAUCAAUGUACAACAACUUGAAUUUUGUUAAUAUUUAAAUGUUUUGUUGGAAUAAAUUUUAUAAAUUUG